UAUGGACUAAUUUCUUUUUUUAUAACUGAUGAAACUUUACUACUUUUAGACGAAACAUAUUUCAUCGAAUAUAAUAAUAGAGUACAAUCGUUUAUCAUAUAUUUAUAUGAAUACUAGAAUGUGAUCAGAGUGUUUACGGAUCAACAAUAAAACGUUUACGGAUCCAUAACAAAACGUUUACGGAUCAACAGUAAAAUGUUUACUGAUCAAUGUAUCAAUAAAUUAGUCAAUAUUUUUCUUGUAUCAAAAUGUUAGAUUUUCAAUUUUCAACUUAUUUUUGGCUACUUUUAUCAUAUUUUAUUAUUAAAGCAUAUUGUAUGGAAUCUAAUUCCAAAUUUCGAGCGAAUGUUACACUAAAAUUGGGUCUUAGCACUGAUUUCAGCACAGAAUGCGAUGAUACUGUUUACAAAGUUGUGAUAUGCGCUGGAGAAUUUACCAACCAAUGUCAACUAACUGGCCCGAUUUCUCGUUUUACUCAAACAACUUGUGCAUUUCAAGGACCACCAGAGUCAAUAAGUUUUUUAGUCUCAUCUGUAGAGAAUCCAAUUGAAUUAAAAGUUACAGUGCAAAAAGUUGGUGAACAGGAAAUUCAACAACUUCGUAAUACAGAAUUUCGUUUAGCAGAAGAAAAGGAAUUAUCUGUCACAUCAUCUGAUCUUUCAUUGAUAGUUCGUUUUCAUGUCACAUAUUUAUGUCUACCAAAUUAUUUCGGAAAGUUAUGCAACAAAUUUUGUAAUAUUGAAGCUAUAGAAUAUCAAUGUGAUCAUCUAGGAAAUAUGUUAUGUAAACCAGGUUAUUACAUGGAUCAAAAGCUUCAAAUAUGUCGAUUAGAUCAAUGUAUUAACCAUAAAAAUUAUUGUUUAAAUAAUGGAUUAUGCAUGAACAAUCCAAAUAUAGAUGCUACUGACUUACCAUUAUGUAUAUGUUCAUCUAAUUAUAAAGGUUUACGUUGUGAAUCGAAAACUCAAAUCAUCACUAAUCGUCUAGUUUCAGAAAACUUAAACAAUCUACCAUUAAAAACGAAUGAAUUCAAUAAAACUAAUUCAUUACAUCAUAAAAAUUUAUUCAAUAUUACUAAAACUACUGAUAAUAUAGAUCAUAAACCUAAAGAUUUUAUUAAUAAUCAACAAUUGAAACUCAAUCAUUCUAGAAAUUAUUCAACACCAUUGAUUCCAUUUAAUCAAUAUCCUUUCAAUUCUAUCAAUAAUCAAUCAUUACCAAUUAGUACAAUAUCACCAAUUGUAUCAUUUACAGAAAUCAUUGUACCAAUAAAUAAUAAUCAUCAUUCAAAAAUUAUUCAUGAACAGAACUGGCGAAAAAUUAUCAUCAUAUCUUCUAUUGGUUUAAUUCUCAUUAUAACUAUAGGCACAGGAUGUGUUGGAUUAGUUUUAUGCUUAAUGCGUCGUAAACCUAAAACGGAUAAAAAAUCUAAUAUUUCCAGUAUAAUUACACAUGAUUCAGGUUGUAAUUAUAAAUCAGCUAGACAAUGGACAUCAAUUGAUCAAUCACCAACUGAUCUAAAUUAUUACGAUAGUUCCGACUGUAGAAUAUUUUCAGGAAAUACAAAUAAUGGUAUUAUUGACACAGGUGCUGCUUAUCCAACACCAUUUAGCGAACCCUUAUUACAAACAAGCACAAAUAUAGAUAGAAAUUAUGGUAUGUAUGACUUUUCAUCUACACCUAAUUAUUAUCAAAAUCAACAUCAGGGGCCACACCAUCAAGAAAAACAAAAUCAACAACAGCGAGAGCAACAAAUUUAUCGGCAUUCUUCUAUUGGUACAACAGGAUAUCAUAGUGAAUUGUUAAAUGAAAAUGGAUUUACUACGAUUCCAAAAGAUUUAUAUCUAUCUAAUCGUUAUAUGACAUGGAAUGCUACAGCAAAACAACCACCAUGUUAUGCAACAUCAGUGAAACAAUCAUCAUUGGAUAAAAGAAAUUAUGCUGAAAAUUUUGAAGAUGGUUAUAAUGGUCGAUCAAUGAACAACUUAAACUCCUAUCGACCAAAUGAUCCACAUAAAAUAAAUGAACAUUCAACAUUUCCUGUAAAUUUGGAUAAUCCUAUUUUUACAAAUAAUAAUGAUAAUAAUAUUAAUGACAAUACUUCUCGAUAUCUACAACCUUCAUAUAACCCUUUGUUAUCAUCCAUUCAUGAUAGUUAUAUAGCUAGUGGAUAUUUUGAUCAGUUACCUAAUAUAGGAAAUGAUUACACUAACCAAAAUGAUAAUUAUGCAAUAAAUGAUAGUAAUAAUUAUCUAUUAUAUAAACCCGUGCAAGAUACAAUAAAUUUAAAUUCUAAUAAUUACAAUCAAAUUCAUAUGAAUUCAUCUAAUAAUCUACCUACUAUAUCAAUUACAUCAUCAUUAUCAUCGAAAGCUCCAUCUCUAGUACAAGCUGUCCCACUUCCCCCAGCUUCACUUACACAAUUUUCCGACUUAAAUCAUUAUUAA